AUGGCAACAUGCUCCUUCCAAGGAAACGGCGAUAUGUAUGGCCUAGGCAUUCGACUCGGUUUCUACAUACAAUGGUUCAGCAGCAUUUUCGCUCGAUGGCUUGUACCAACGAGACACAGACGACCUAAAGCCGAAGACCCGAUGAAGGAAGAAGCAUGGGGUCUAAGCUUCUCCAACAACAUCUUCUCUGCCGCCACGUUUACCGCCCUGGUCAUUCUGAUAUCGAAUGAUGUAGAAAGCCUACAAAUUGUCGAGAUCUAUAUCGUGCUACUGCUUACGUUCGGCUAUUCGCUGUUUCUGAUUCCAAUAUAUCUUUGGAGGAUGUGUACAGGAAACAACCCGGCCUGGGAUCCAACACGAUGGCCUGUGACAACACCGAGCCCCGUGGAGAGUGUUCUCAGAUUUCUCUUGAUCAGUGCAGUGGCAGCGUUCCAAAUUUGGUUUUGGGGCGCCAGAGUACCCCAGCUCGACGGGCUGCAUUGCAGUGAAUAUGGAUAUUUGAUGACCAAGGUUCGCCUCAAUCUGCCUGCCAUGCGAGUCAUCAAUCUCCUCCUUUACAUUGCUGUCUUGAUCUUCUGCCUGUAUUUUCUCUUCAGAUGGAUACCCGGGCCAAUGCCGGAGGAUCCCCAAGCGAAGAAGAGGAGAAAGCAAGAGGCACGAGACAAGUAUUCGUUCAUAAGGCGCCGUCGUAAGAUCCUACUUCAGAACAUUGGGAUCGUUCUCAGUCUUGUUGUUGCUGUGACUGUUGUAGCUGCUACGGAGUUGACCAUUAAAUGGAAUCAUAUUCAAGGUGUCAAUUCUCUGGCGUCAGCCGGACAAUCCAUCCCUUUCGCCAUCGGAGUCGCACUAUUUAUCCGCAUCUGGUACGUUUACCUCUUCAAAGAGCCAGAUCCAGAGGGUCAGGAGCACAGAAAACCCCAAGAUGGCGACAGCGAUGACAGUAGCUGGUCACCUGCAAGCUCGAGAGACGUGCCGGAAAUGAAGGUGGCGUUGAGUGAUACUGAUUCCCGGUCCCCUGGAAGUUCAAGAAACAUUCAGACGGCCAGGCCAGGGGCUCAGUCUCCUCGGCGCCCGCCUCCCGCUCGGCAGCGCCGGCGCAGGAACACCUGA